UCAUCCGCGGUGUAUGCGUCCUUCACGCUCGACACCAGCCGCGUCCAGAGGCUGAGUACAUCCACAUCGGCUCCUGCAAACCAGCACUCGUACAGCCACAGCAGCACAGACUGAUGCGGAGGGCGGGAGAAAUUUUGAUGGAUUUCUUGCAGCUUACGCUGGGAUUCGCUGAUUGGCUCUGACUCUUCAUCCUCUUUAUCUCUCUCUGAGGAAACCGAUUUGGUCUCGGAUGUGUUCUGUUCAGGAGCAACUGUUCCCAGCAUGGGUUGUUCCUCUGGUGCAGCUGCAGCUUGAGUGGCCACGGUGCCUGCUGCUCUGUUCUCCUCCUCCUCUUCUUCCUUCUCCUCCUGAGGGGACUGGCUGGUAUCCAGCAGUGUCCGAUAAAGAGUAGCCAGGGCCCAGCACAGUGCAGUAAGUUGCUCCUCCCUGGAACCACCGCAGCGUUUCUCUUUCAGAUACUCUGCCACUUUAACAGGGUCCUGGAUUUGUUGAGGGGUGAACUUCCAAACCACUGGAGCUGAAUACUCCUUCAAAACCUGGCCGAUUUUCUCCCAGCGUCCGUGCCACUCAUCAUUAUCCAACCUCCGGAAGACCUUGCCAAUAAUCUCUUUUGUAACUCUAAAGAUGAUGUAGAUCCUAAAGAUGAUGUAGGCCAGAACCAGGAGACAUAGCACACACAACAACGAUAUCCUUUCUUCGAUAUUCAGAGGGAAUCCAGAAUCCUCAAAAGCUGCUAUAAGAGGCUUGAAGGAGUCAAAAAAGACUAGAGGGUUGUGAAAAUAUUUGUACCCUGUUCCCACCAUGAACUGGGAACGAUUAUUAAUGAUCUCCUGGAGGUAAUAUAUCAUGUCACGAGUUGAUACCACAUAAUCUAUGCACAUAAGAAUCUUGAACCAUCUCUCUAAACUCUUAAAGUGCUUUAUCAGGACCACAUAGGGAAUUAUAAACCUGUACAGGUACCACUCCACUGAGGGCAGACAAAGGCAUAUCAUGACCAGCGACUGUACCUAGCACACUCGGCUCAAACUUGCUUCCACCCCGCUGCGGGCAGAGCUGUUCUUAUCUUGACCCUCGGUGCCGCACGAUGGAUGAGGCUUGCGGCGCUUCGGGAUUGGUAUUCCCGAAAUUUAGCGUUCCCCCGGCGGAGGCUGCAGCCAGGAACCGGAGGCACCAAAGGCAGCAAUCGGGCUGAGGCCAGAACAACUCACUGGGAACAGCAAUGGACAGGGACUGACCGCGGGGACCAGGCUGGCAAGAAGGGAAGCCGGAAAAAAAAGCCGGGAAAAAGGACUUUUUCCCGCCGGCGCACGGAGGGGUGGGAUAGGAGAACAUCCGGCUCCGGCCCUGCUCCUCCUGCUGCCGGAAAACUUAACCCCGGCGUGGCUAAAGCUCAUCUGCAUUUCUUCCUCCUGCCCUUGGAUUUUAUCGCUGUAGCGGGUCUUCCCCCCUACAGCCUGAAAAUUCAAUUCAAAACAUGCAAUGCAAAUGGAGCUCACAGAAUCACGGAAUUACUCGUGUUGGGAAAAGACCUCUGAGCCCAUCGAGUCCCAGCUGUGCCCGAUGCCCACCCUGUCUCCAGCCCAGAGCACUGAGUGCCACCUCCAGCCCUUCCUUGGGCAUCCCCAGGGAUGGGCACUCCAAACCUCCCUGGGCAGCCCCUGCCACUGUGGAAAACCCCUUUCCAUGAGGAAAUUCCUGCUGAUGUCCAACCUGGCCCAGGCUGAGGCCAUUCCCUGUCCUCCUGUUACCCCCUGGCUAUCCCCUCCUGUCAGGGAGUUGUGCAGAGCCAGAAGGGCCCCCUGAGCCUCCUUUUCUCCAGGCUGAGCCUCUUUCCCAGCUCCCUCAGCCUCUCCUGGGGCUCCAGCCCCUUCCCAGCUCUGUUCCCUGCCCUGAACACACUCUAGCCCCUCCAUGUCCUUCUUCUGAGAGGCCCCAAGUUUGAAUAAAAAACAAGAAUAGUUUUGUUUCAGUGCUUCAGCAAAUUUAGGCUGUGAAUUUGGCUUCAUAAAUAUCUCAGACUUGUGGGCUUGUGAGUCGGGCCAGUUACCGUGGGCUGUUUUCUUAUUUCUCAUCUGUUUACAGGACCUGUUAGAGAAGUCCAGAUUUCUCUUCCACCUGGGAUAAACCUGGAAUACAACAGCAGGCUUUUGCCUCACAUUCCUUUUUCUCCUUGCCCUGCAGAGUCACAGGCAGAGAAUGUACUUAGCAGAUUACCUGCCUUGAUAUUUCCAGUGGUGGAGGACUCGGUGUGUCUGCCAGCACAGAUGGGACCAUGAAAAUAUGGCAGGCUGCAAAUGGAGAGAUAAGAAGACUUUUGGAAGGCCAUGUGUAUGAUGUGAAUUGUUGCAGGUUUUUCCCAUCUGGCCUCGUGGUUCUGAGUGGGGGAAUGGAUGCCCAGCUAAAGAUCUGGUCAGCAGAAGAUGCCAGCUGUGUAGUAACAUUUAAAGGUCACAAAGGAGGUAUUUUGGACACUGCCAUUGUGGAUCGAGGAAGAAAUGUCCUGUCCUGCUCCAGGGAUGGCACUGUCCGUCUCUGGGACUGUGGGAAAUCUGCCUGCCUGGGCAUCAUCGCCGACUGCGGCUCUCCCGUCAACGGCAUCGCCGUGGGCACCGCUGACAACUCCCUGAACCUGGGCUCACCUGAGAAACCUCCCAGUGAGCGUGAGGUCGGGACAGAAGGGAAAAUCCUGCUGCUGGCUCGAGAGGACAAGAAGCUUCAAGGAGUGGGACUACAGAGCAGGCAGCCAGUGUUCCUCUUUGUUGGAUCUGACGCCUUCAACUGCUGCACAUUCCUGUCAAGCACCUACAUUCUGGCAGGGACUCAGGAUGGGAACAUCUACCAGCUGGAUGUGAGAAACACAAAUGCUCCAGUCCAGGUGAUCCAUAGAUCAGGAGCACCAGUGCUUUCCCUGCUCCCGUACCGAGAUGGAUUUAUUGCCAGCCAAGGGGAUGGCACCUGCUUCAUUGUUCAGCAAGACCUGGAUUAUGUCCUGGAUCUCACCGAGGCCGACUGCGACCCCGUGUACAAGGUGGCUUCUUGGGAGAAAGAAAUCUACACUUGCUGCAGGGAUGGGAUAGUGAGGAGAUACCAACUUUCUGACCUUUAAGUGUUUGAAGGGGCCAAAUAAAGGAGAAGUGUGUCGUAAAGGCUCUUCCAAGCUGAUUUUCCUGGGGUGUGUGUGUACAAGUUUGCGGCUGUUGUGAUGACCAGGCUCCGUACACAGUGUUUUUGUAAUGGGUGGUAUUUUUUCCGAUUACACAACUGGGAUCAAUUUUUAAUUGAGAGAGGAUCUCGUGUUGCAAUGAUGUUGUGAUUUCAUUUCCAGUGCUGAAAAAAUGUAGUUGGGGGGAAAUGAAGAAAUAAAUGGGGAGAGGGGGGUGCAGUGAAAAUGACUGUCAUAGUAUGGAGAGAAAUAAACCGCUGCUUUGAUAA